AUGACUAAACAAAGUUGGUUUUUUGAAUAUUGUGAUAAAACUACUUCACCAUGUAUGCAUUAUUUUACAAUGAAGCGUAGAUCACUUCUAGAAAAAUCGUUUUGGAUUCUUAUAUUUCUAGUUAUGAUAGCAAUAACGUUUGAAGGCUUAAGAGCUAUGGUAAACAUUUGGAUUAAUAAUCCAACUGUAAUGUUCAUUGAAAAUUCGGAAUCACCAAUUCGAGAAAUACCUUUUCCAUCGAUCACGAUUUGUCCAUCGGGUCAAGUUCGAAAAUCCGUUUGGGAGAAAUAUAUGAACACGAACAGUUCGUACUGGGAUGACCUUCAACUAUAUAGGGAUGUAAUGACAUGCUCUACAAAUACGUAUUUUCAUAGUGAAUUGGAAAAAGGUUUAAAAGAAUAUAUUGACUACGAUCUGAUAAAGAAUUUUUUGCAUGAUUGUGGAAUUAGCUGUCCUGAAAUAUUUCAGUCUGAUGGUAAAUGGCAGAAUACAACGUUGAAAAAUGUUUGCCAAUACAUUCAACCAACAAUACUUGGCAUAUUUGGAUUAUGUUUUACAUUUAACAUGAUGCCAUUAAGUCAAAUGUUUAACGAUGAAUAUUAUCAUAGAUAUAUUGAUUUUUUUUCGAAUAAAAUUACGUAUGUUAACACUGAAAGGUCGUAUUGGAAUUUAGAAGACGGAUACUCAUUUUAUGCGAACCAACCAAAUCUCGUGGGCAUGAUUCCCUCUCGAACGAGUGGCGUUAGUUAUAACCAUCGUGUUAGAUUAAUGCUACACGCUUUGGAAGACGAUUUUUUAAGCUGUGCUAACCUGGGAAUUAGCGGUGGUAGUUUUUUGAUUACAUUUUCUAAUCCGGCAGAAUAUUGUUCGGUCAGUCCUAGACAAAUCACUCCGUUCGUGAAAAAAAUUAAUUCGGAUUUAAUGUGGCGUUCACUGGAUAUCAGACAAUGUUAUUUGCACAACGAAAGGAAGCUAUCCAUUUUUAAACAGUACACCGAGUUAAAUUGCAACCACGAAUGCGAAAUAAACAAAACUAUAUCCAUGUGUGGCUGUGUAACGAUCGAGGCAACUUUUUUAGGGAUCAGUGGCUCAAAAGUAUGUGGUCCUGCCAAAUACAGUUGCGCAUUGGGAGCUAAACAUUCAACAAAGCACCCGAAAAAUCUAAAAGUGUGUAAUUGUUUGCCAACGUGUUCCAUGAUCGAAUAUGAAGUAACAGAUACAUCAAAUGUUGACGAUUGGAAUUACAUAAAAUCAAUGAAUUUAGUACAAAAUGAUUCUAGAGGCGCUACGAUUGAAUUAGUUUUCAAAAAACCUUAUUUGACAGCAUAUACAUCCGCAUCGAUUUUAAACCUGGAAUCUCUAAUUAGUAACGUUGGAGGAUUAUUAGGUUUGAUUUUGGGCAUGAAUCUAAUUAAUAUUUUUGAAAUAUUGUUUAUUUUAAUUAAAAUCAACGUACUUACGUACCUAUACACAGAUCUGUUAAAUGUUUGA